UGACACAAACCAACAAACACUGUAGAUAGUUCAAAUCUACGUUAAUGUGAAACAUGGGAGUAAUGGGGGUUAGGGAUAAUAUGAAAGUGUUAGUAGUGAAAGUGCAAAAAGAAAAGACCUGCACCUGAACUAUGGUGGGAAAGGCAUGAUCGAAGUAAUACAAUAACCUGUCAUUUACCGGGACGACUGUCAUUAACGCUACGAAAUGGCUCAGUGCAAGUUGACACCCCAUGAAUUCAUCCAGAAUGCAUUUUCGCCACUUAUAGCCGCUAUGUGUAGCCCCUUGGUCGAUCAGGCAUGCCAGAAAAACAACUUAUCUUUUACAGAAAUGAUUCAGCCGUUUUGCAAAUUGAAUACAGAAGCCCAUUUCCGAGAACCAUCAGGUGGUGUUAUACCAGUGAGAAACUUAAGAUUUACUGUGUUGGAUGUUAACGCUCGGCCACCUCAGCCAACACUGGCAAGGAAGUUUCUUAAUGAAUCUGUAAGCUUUGCAUCUAGUGAGCGAAACUACCCCAUCAAUAUAGGUGACCAGACUGUAGAAAUUCCAGCAUCUGCUCCGUGGUUUGAAGCAUGGAGAGAAACGUUUCUUCAGGUUCAGUUUCCCUCUGACCAUGAAUUCACAAAACAUUUCUUGGGCUGUAUAUUGGUUGUCUCUUCUGCUGAAACUAACCCUCUGGACAUGUUGGUGCACAUGGGACAGCAACUCCAACAGCUGCAGAAUGUUACUCCCGCAAAGCUGCCCAAGUGGUUUUGUCCUGAUGUUCUUCGAUAUUAUGUGCUGCUGCAUGAUGUAUCAGGCUCUACCAGUGAAAGGGCGGAAGCCGUAUUUGAGACAAUGAAAACUACGUAUGGAAUAAAUUCUUGCUAUAUGUUGCAGAUAAAUUCUAGAGUUGCAGGACAUAAGGAGGAUCUGAGUCACCUUCCAGACCCUUGGUGCCAGUUUCUCACCCGUCAGCAUGAUAGUCAGGAUGCCAGUGAUCACGAUAGUAGUCCACGGACUCCUGCAGAGGUUGGCGGGGUGACGGGUAUGCCGAGCUGUGUGAGUGCCGACGUUAGCUGUGACAGUGCCUCUCCAACUGAGGUAAUAAAGUCCGGCAGUGCUCUCGAAGUGGCCCAGGAAGCGGGCGAGAACUCACCUGUCCCGGUCACCCACCACCCCCUCAGCCCUGAUGCCGAUGUCCGAGAUUGUUUAGUAGUUAACUCAGACGAGAAACAGCACAAUGAAGUUCUCUCUGCUCCAUGCCACAUUAAUGACAACGUUUGGGCUGGCCAUUCUGCAGCUGGUGCCAACAACAUUGUUAUUCAGCAUGGCAGUUGCUUGAGUGCAAGCGAUUUGGAGCGGCUAAGAUUAUUUGCCCAAGAUUUCUGCCUUAAAUCUCUUCUCCCCUUUGUUGAAAAGCAAAUUCAGCUAUUGAGUGAUAUUAUUUCCAAUAAGAAAGGAGUCAGUAGGUCUCUUUUUAGUGCAACAAAACGUUGGUUCGGAAGCAACAAACCAGGGACACCAGGUGCAAAUAAUCCAGUAAACGCAGUCAUCUAUAGUACUGACUCACCAGAACUGCAACUGAGAAGACUCGGUGAUUUGUGCUUCAUGUUUGGCCACUACACACUGGCUUUCCAAGCAUACCAUUCUGCUAAGCGGGAUUUCUCUGCUGACCAAGCGUGGCUUUACUAUGCAGGAGCAUUGGAAAUGGCAGCACUAUCUGCCUUUAUGCAAGGGGAGCCAACGAGAAAGGCACAGGAGUACAUGGAGGAGAGCAUAUCGACUUACCUCAACUCGUGCAAAAUGCCUCAGUUUGCGACUCGAGCAACACUACUCAGUACUGAGUGUCUCAAGGGUCGAAGUUUGUAUGGAGAAGCUGCAAAGCAGUUCAUCAGAAUGACAAGUGAAGAUUCUGACUUGCGCAGUGCUUUACUAUUGGAGCAAGCGUCUUACUGUUUCUUAAAGUCAACUCGACCUCGCAUGGCAAGAAAAUAUGCAUUCCAUAUUGUAUUAGCUGGACAUCGUUUCUCCAAAGCUGGACAGCGAAAACAUUCACUCAGAUGCUACAAGCAGGCAUACCAAAUAUAUGAAAACAGAAACUGGAGUUUGGCUGAAGAUCAUAUCCAUUUCACGAUUGGCAGGCAAGCAGCAUACCUCAAACAAAUUUCAGAUGCCUCACUGUCAUUCUCCAAGCUUCUCACCCCAGCAAGCAAACAAUCAGCUCCUCAACAGUCAGCUUUUCUUCGUGAAUAUCUCACUAUUCAGCAACAGUUAAUGGCUGAGGAGCGCAGUGUGUCGGACAAUUUAACUGUUCUUCCUCUACCAGUUGUGGACAAUGACAGCAUCAAAGUUUUACUCGGUUCGUUAACAUCAACACCCUCAAGUGAAGCAGCCAUAGUCUACGCAACUGGUGUUAAAUUUGAAGAUGAUCAGUCUGACAACAGAAGGUGGACAAAAUUAGAAGAGACAUUAGUAACUGAAGCACAAGGUACUUUGCCGAUGAUCUUCAGACCAACACUCCAACUUUUUUCCAAUGAGACUGUGAAUACCUCCAAACCCAUUGCUAUUGUGAGAGAGCCAAUAUAUGUGAGAAUAAUUCUGAAGAAUCCUUUACACAUUCCACUGCCUCUUUUGAAUGUUCAUUUAUUGUGGAACUUUAAAAAUGGUAAAAGUGAGAUAAGUAAUGAAUCCAGCAAAAGUACAAAGAAUGUUGAAAUUGAAACACAAUGCAUAGAUGCUGUUGUUGUUAAGCCGGACAGUGAUGAAGAGGUCAUACUCAGUGUUAUACCCAAGUGUGUUGGGGAAUUGAACAUUACUGGUGUUGCUUACCAUUUAACAAAUACAGCAAUACAACAAUUACCUGAACAAACAACUAACAAUGCUCCUAGUAUUAUAACUAUACCAGGAAAGCAAGUCUUCCGUGUAAGGUGCCCUCGUGCAAAAAUAACAAAAGACAAAGGAAGUCAAGAAGUAAAUGACAAAAGACUGGAAAUAAAUGUUGUAACAUCAGCACCUUGUCUUCAGGUAUCAUUUCAAAAUAUGAGUUCAGAGAUGCUUUGUGGUGAAAUGCAGAAUGUUAGCAUACGUUUCAAGAACAUUGGUAGUGCUCCAUUGAGUAAUUUAUAUCUUGCAUCAUCUGUACCAGAAUUGAUUUCAUGUGCUGGUUACCCAGUUUGUGAUACUGGACAGGGGACUAUUCCAGAAGUCAUAAAAAUUUCCCUUCCGGGUGGGCAACUUGCACCCGGUCAGAAACACAUGGAAUCCAUGUGGCUUCGUGCACCUGACUAUAGAGGCAUCACUAACUUAGAAAUUAUGUUUUACUACGAAAACAAUUACACCAAAUGCAUUCCACGGUAUCGAUUAGUAAGACAUUCAUGGGAGAUAACCGUUUUGGGUUCAGUUCAGUGUACAUCUAUGGCAACAAACAGUUGUGUAGCCUCCACUGACGAGAGUAGCCAAGUUUUGAAUCUGGCACUACAAAUUAAAAAUGUUAAUCAGGUACACGAUCCUAUAUUGACAGAGGUAUCAGUCUCUCAGGUUUCACUCGUCAGCAAAACGUGGCAGCUAUUUGGAAAAAUAGCUGUUCCUACAGGAGUGAAACUUCAGGCACAAGAGUCAAUCCACUUUGUGUUUAGUGCACGCAGACAGAAGCACAAAAAGGAAAGAGCUGAUCCAUUUUCUGAUCUUCCCAUUGAAGACCAUGUAGAGAAUGUAACGUCUGCUAGGGAGAGCCCGUAUGUGGACUUCUAUAACAGACACAGGGCAAGAGUCAUCUCCAGUUCAGGGGCAGAUGAAACUGCAGAAGUCUCAAGGAAUUCUGUUGCUAGUCAACUAGAGAAUGAUGAUACUACCAGCAUGGAGGAGGCUCUCAAUAUUAAUGCAACCUUAAUUCUCAGGUGGCAGACGGAGAUUAGGAAUGGGAAAGGAACAAAAAGGAUGGCCCUAGGACAGCACCAUUUAAUACUGGAUAAAAUUGCAGUGUUGUCUGUUUCCUCAGCAGAUGAUGCUAAAGUACCAGUACCAUCAGAGAUUGAAGGUCCACUUAGGAUAUUUGGGCCAGAUGACACAUCUUACAAGAGUGUCACUAGUGAAAAGUACCCCACUCUCGAUGUUCUCCAGAGGCUAGUCAUACAUAACAUUCGGCAUUCGCCUAAGGUGUGCCACGACUUUAGUGUAUCGAGGCUCUGCUUUGUACCCGUUCAGCUUGAGUUGCAGAACUGUUCAGAUACCAGUCUUGUUGUCAGGGUGAAUGCGUCAGACAGUGGAAGUUCAUCAUCAAGUAAAAACAAGCUGUAUUCUCCACAUUCUUCAAGUACGUUCCACUGGGUUGGCUUGGCAGGCUCGUGCUCAGAACUAAGUCCUCACGACAGUACUUCCGUGUCACUGUGUGCAGUUACGACGGGUCCAGGUACCUUCGACCUCGGUUCUUCUCUGGAAGUGUGGUGUCGUGCCCGUGAUGCUCCAGAAGCAGAUAGUGUGGCUCAAGUGUGGCAUGUUGAAUCAGCACUGGUAGUAGACAAUACGCCAGUUGUUCCUGUUUCUGAUACAAAAAUUGUGUAGUUUAUUAACUACAGUGGGAGUUCCUUAUUUUAGAGGUACUCAGGUCAUAAAUGAUGGUAUAGUGCCUAGUUUUCCAUUUGAGAUGUUUUAUGUGAAAGUAUUUAUCUUAAUCAUGCAUGGAAGUGUGUGCGUAUCUCUUACAAAGUGGUCCUUAAAAACUUUUUUAUUGUUUGCUAAUUUAUACAGUAAUGUAUGGAAUCAGAUAUUGAAAAUCAGAAAGAUUAUAUUCCAUUGAGCUGGAUCCUGAGCAGCCUGCAUAAUAUUGCAUUCCUCUGUUGCUAAAAAUAAUAAGUGCUAGUAUAUGCAGUACAAAGAAGCAACUGCAGAGGAAUAUGUUAAAACCACUUCAUUAUUGGUAAAAUAAACAGGUUUAAAGAGAAA